AAUGGGUGAAAUUGUGGCAAAUCAACUUUUUGUUGCUGGUUAUAGUCGUAGUAAAGUAAAUGAUGACAAAGAUGUAAAGGAAAUCUUCAAAAAGUACGGAACAAUCAAGGAUGUAGCAUAUAAGGGAGCUUACUCAUUUGUAGUAAGAAAAUAUUUGAAAAUUAAGACAUUUAGUAAUGAGCAAGAAGCACAAGAAGCGUUAAAGGCAACAAAUGGGGAAACCUUCAAUGGAUAGAAAUUGAAAGUUGACCUAGUAGAUAAUAGGAAGGGAAGAAAAAAUGGUCCUAAUGAGCAGGAUAAAUGUUUUAAAUGCAAUAAAGGAGGGCAUUGGUAUAUAAAUUUGGUAUAUUCUUAAGGGCUCGUAAUUGUCCUAAUAAAACAUCACCAAGACGUAGCAGAAAAAGAUCAAAUUCAAGAUCAAAGUAUUUUAAGUUAUUUAAAUUAGGAGGCGUCAUAGAAGAUCUCGUUCUAGAUCAUACUCUUCAAAUUCAUCAUCUAGUAGAAGAAGAUAUCAAAAUAGAAGAAAUAAACAUAGCAGAAGUCCAAGAAGAGAUAUGAGAUAAAAAAAGAGAAGUAUUAGUCCUAGAAGAUCACACUCUGAUUCAGGCUCAUCCAAAAGACAGAUUUCAAAAUCUUGAU